GUUCCGUUCAGUGGACCGGAAGUCAGGAAAACCAGCAGUAGGAAAUAAAAAUGGCUGCAGAGGGGACUCGUUCUGUGCUGUUCGUGUGUCUGGGUAAUAUUUGUCGCUCCCCUAUAGCAGAAGCAGUUUUUAGGAAACUUACAGCUGAUCAAAAUAUUUCAGAUAAGUGGAGGAUAGACAGUGCAGCAACAUCUACAUAUGAAAUAGGAAAUCCCCCUGAUUAUCGAGGGCAGAAUUGCAUGAAGAAACAUGGCAUUACCAUGAAUCACAUUGCCAGGCAGAUUACCAAAGAAGAUUUCCUGACUUUUGAUUAUAUACUAUGUAUGGAUGAAAGCAAUCUGAGAGAUUUGAAUAGAAAAGUUAAUCAAGUUAAAAACUGCAAAGCUAAAAUUGAACUUCUUGGAAGCUAUGAUCCACAGAAGCAACUUAUCAUUGAAGAUCCAUAUUAUGGAAAUGACUCAGACUUUGAGACUGUAUACGAGCAAUGUUUGAGGUGCUGCAAAGCAUUUUUGGAAAAAUCUCAUUAAGGCUCACUCUCAUUUAUUGCUAAAGGACAAUAGUGAUUGACAUCGACUUAAAAAUGAUGUAUGUAUAUUAGUUGAUGUAUUAUUAAAAAUAAUAAUGUAUUACAUUGGAUACUAUCAUUGUUUUCUUCAAUUUAUUUAAAUCUCACAUAUGUUCUAAUUUUAAAAGGUAAUGAGAAUUAUUUUUGAAGGAAGAGUAUUUGAUUAAAUCAAUUAUAGUUGUCAAACUAAGAAGAACUCCCAAUCUGUGCCUCAAAUUUUUAAAAUGAAAUAAUUAUAUAGUGAAACAAACUAAAAUUUGCAUAUAAAAACUAAGAAACCUCAACAAAUCAUUGUUCAAUAACUUUUUACUUUGAGACAGCUUCAUUUUUGUCAAAUUGGAAUCUUUAACAGAUAAUGAAACCAUUUACCUUUUUAUCCUAGACAAUAGAAAAUAAUUGAUGUCAUUGUGAAAGGAGGUUAAAGAAAAAUGUAUUUUAGUGUUUCAGCAGUUGUUUGAUGGCAGUACUGUAAUGAUGAAUAAAUAUUUUUCCAUUCACCUUUA